GAACCGAGGGAAGGAAAAAGUGGAGCGAGAGAAUAAAGAAAGAAAAGAAUUGAGAAAAUGAGAGAAUUAAGUGAGGUGAAUGUGUCAAUGACGGAGUUAGAGUGAAAUAGAAGAAAUGCAUGAGGGGAAAGGGAAGGUCUGAAGGAGGAACUCACAGGACAAAACAAACAAAGGAGAGAAAGGAGAGGACCUAAAGGAGGCAAGACAACAAGAAAAAGGAACAGAAGGCGGCACUCACAAUGAGCUCCCUGGCACUCACCACGACGCUGCAAAGCCUCCUCACACUAGUGCCAAGACUCCUGCUGCCUUCUGAGCUGCAGGCAGAACGUAGAUUAAGUGAAGAAGUUGGGGGAACACAGCGCCUAACUGCUGCUCUCCAGGAUUCCAACGUAACGAAUUCUCUGACGACACGCUGCUAUGGGGUGUACGGGUGCUUCAGUCUGGGCCCUCCCUUCUUUUCUAUGGCGCGUCCUAUCAAUGCCUUCCCCAUGCAGCCACACGAUCUGGAGCCAACCCUCUGCCUCUACACCAGGGACAUUCCAGGGCACUGUCAGAGGCUUUCCAUCUUCAGUGCUAGAGCCGUCACGAAUACAAACUUCCGGCCCGGCGCAGAAGUAAAGAUGCUGACUCAUGGAUACUUGGAGCACGGCGAGAAACGGUGGCUCAAGAAAAUGGUGGAGGAAUACUUGGCGUGGGGGGACGUGAACGUGGUGGUGGUGGGCUGGGUCAGCGCCUCGGGGCCGCCCUACACCCAGGCAGUGGCCAACGUUCGUCUCCUCGGGGCAAUGCUGGGGCGCUUCCUCCUCAAUCUGCAGGAUGAGAUGGGGGUCCCUGCCUCUCGGGUUCACAUCGUGGGCCACAGCCUCGGGGCCCACAUGGCAGGGUACGUGGGCCAGUACCUGCAGACCCACGGCGCAACACUCGGCCACAUCACAGGACUAGACCCCGCCGAGCCUUACUUCGAAGGAACUGACCCCGUGGUACGACUAGACCCAUCAGACGCUGCCCUAGUCACUGUCAUUCACACCGACGCCGGACCAAUACUGACGGGAGGUCUGGGUAUGCUUCAGCCUUCAGGACACUACGACUUCUACCCCAACGGUGGGAUUACCAUGCCGGGCUGCGGGGCUCACCUGGGGGAGUCCCUCGCUAAGGAGCAGGGCAACAUUCCUUACGGAAUUCGUCGCUUCAUAGGAUGCAACCACAUCCGAUCCUACGAGUACUUCACGGAGUCCAUCAACUCGGCGUGCCCUUUCGUAGGGAUCGAGUGCCCCUCCUGGGAGAGUUAUCAGCUGGGGGCGUGCUGGUCCUGCGAGGGGUCCGCGGGGCAGGGGGGCAGUAGUGGUGGGGGCAGUGGUGGAGGCGGCGGCGGUGGUGGUGGUGGUGCUGGUGGGAGAAGAUACACAAUGAUCUUCAAGGUGGAGGAACAGGAGAUGAUGCUGAGAGAAUGGCAGACAUUGGGAGAAGAAAAGGAGGAGAAAGAACACGGGAAGGAAGGAGAGAAGGCGAAAGGGAAGGCACUGGAGGGCACCCUUACACCUUCGUCACGCCACUGUACCACCACCCACCACCACCGCCACCAUCACCCACCACCACCACCACCACCACCUCGCUCUGCACCCGCCCGUAAGAUGGACAGGGGAAGCAGCAGCAGGAAGAUGUACCUUAUCACUGCUGCGGACUCCCCUUUCUGCUUGUUCCACCACCGAGUCAGCUUGGUAAUGUCAUACACCAAGGAGGCUGAGACACACGGGGGGGACAUCGGCAUCUUCCACAUCACACUGGUGGGGGACUCCGGGACCUCUGGCCGCCUGCAGCUCAACCCAGAUGACACAUCCUCUUCCACGUGGCUUGUUCUAGAGAGGUGUUCUUUGAGCCGGGGGCAGGUGUACACGUUCAUGGUGGGCACGCAGGACCUGGGGCCGCUGCGCUACGCCACCCUGGAAUGGAACUACGUCACCGCCUACUACAGCCCACUCAGCUGGCGCCUCCUCUCCCACCCCGUCGUGUUCGUCAACCGUGUGCAUAUUGACUCCGUGGAGAUGCAGGAGAGCUUCGAGUUCUGCGGGCUGGACCAAGCUUUUCCUUCGGGCAGCGUGCGGCGGCUGGAGUGGCGGGCGGGCUGUCCUGAACCCUCCCUCUCCACCGCCUCGCUGCUCGGCUCCCUCAUCAACUUCGACGUGGAGGACACACUGAGCAACAACCUGUACGCCGUGAACACCGGACUCACUAGCUUAGGCAACGGAUCCCCGGCAGCUGUGCCAGUAAAUGUAUGUCUGACAGUGGACUCUGGCCGUGUGGGGGCGCCGUCCACUACCAAAGCCAACCCGCUGUAG